GAGGCGAUCCGAGCGAACAUGGCGGAGCCGCGCGUGAGAGCUCGAGCGCAGGUGAGGUCUGAGGAGAGACGGACAGUGAGACGGACGGGGUCCAGUGAGGACAGACAGGACGGCGCGGUGUUGGUCCUCCGGCUCCUCAGCGCGGCUUUCUACGGCCUGAGCUCCUUCCUCAUCGUGGUGCUGAAUAAGAGCGUCCUGACCAGUUACAGAUUUCCAUCCUCGUUAUGUGUGGGGAUCGGACAGAUGUUGGCAACAGUGUGUGUGCUGUAUGCAGGGAAAUCCCUGAGACUCAUUCACUUUCCGGACAUGGACCGGAACAUUCCACACAAGACGUUCCCUCUCCCCCUGCUGUACGUCGGGAAUCAGCUCACCGGCCUCCUGGGAACUCAACAGGUCAAUUUGCCGAUGUUCACGGUGCUCAGGAGAUUCUCCAUCUUAUUCACCAUGUUAGCAGAGAGCUACCUGCUCAGGAGGACGUUUGCGUGGAGUGUACAGCUGACGGUCUUCACUAUGAUCUUCGGAGCGUUUAUCGCCGCCAGUACAGAUUUGACCUUUGACCUCCAGGGCUACACCUCCAUCACGGUCAAUAACCUGCUGACUGCAGCGAACGGCGCCUACAUGAAGAAGAAGCUCGACACCAAGGAGCUGGGGAAGUACGGCCUGCUGUAUUAUAACGCUCUGUUGAUGAUCGGACCCACUGUGUGUUUAGCCUACUACACUGGAGACCUGCAACAAGCUGCAGGGUUUGAAGGCUGGACUGAUUUGUUCUUCCUCACGCAGUUUGUUCUCUCCUGUGUGAUGGGUUUUGUUCUCAUGUACUCCAUUGUGUUGUGCACACACUACAACUCCGCCCUGACCACCUCCAUCAUCGGCUGUGUCAAGAACAUCAUGGUGGCGUACGUGGGGAUGGUGCUCGGUGGUGAUUACAUCUUCACCUGGUUGAACUUCAUCGGCUUAAAUAUCAGUAUCGCAGGGAGCCUGGCCUACUCCUACAUCACCUUCACUCAAGGGGGCGCCACGAGUUCCUGAUGAAGAGCACAGAGGAGUGUGAGAACCACGGACCUGCUCCCUGUGUGUGGUCAACUUUAAUGAUUUGUUUUAAUUCUGUAGAACUUUUAAAAAAAAGUGAAAUGUGAACCGGUUUACAACAAUGAUCAUCAGAUUAUUUUAUCAGUAUUAUUUUCUUAAUUAGUUUUUGUAAUUAUUGCGUGAAUCAUGCAGUCAUACAGUAAAGCACUUGAUCUCUACCGGACACCUUAGGGCUGUUCUUAAUGGGUGUGGUUUAAUAUGCUAAUGAGCAGUUUGAUUGACAGCUGUAUAGACUACAGUGCCUUUUAUUACCCACUGACACACACACACACA